GUAUUCUCUCAUCGGCAAAUAAACGGCGACGUUUUUGUUUUUGUUUUUGUUUUUGUUUUUGUUUUUGACAGGUUUGUUUUGUGUAAUGCAUUUAGAGUAGCUGUGAAAAGCUGACACGUGGUACAACUAAUCCUAGAGCAGCAAAACGCGUACACGUAUUUAUUUAUAUUGAAAAGUUUUUGUUAUGGUCGUGUGUGCACAAAGUACCACGAGCGCGUGCCGUGUGCAUAUUUAAAUACAUUGUGGAAGAAUACAUCAUUAUGAUAAGUGCGAGUUUUACAUCUGGUCUAGAAAAGAUGUGGGGCUUUAAAAAUAAACGCACCAUUCUCGCCCAGGAAGGGAUCCUCCCCUGAAGAAAAUGCCAAAAAUAGCUGAGACUUGGCUCUAGGCUCUGGGAAAGUCCAGCACACAGAAGGAGAAAUGGCUACUAGUUCUCCAAUAACGCAACAAAUCUGCAGCUCUGUACCUCCGACAUCUUCAUCCACACCUGCUAUUCCCAUUUCCGAGGUAGAGGAUUGCCUCAUCUAUGAUCAACACGGUGUUGGCAUAACCUUUAAGAGCUUGUAUCAAAACCACAAAGCUGUCGUUAUUUUUGUGAGGAAUUUUUUAUGCUACACAUGUCAAGAAUAUGUUGAGGACCUAAGUAAAAUUCCACAGGAAAUGUUAUUGGAUGCUAAUGUGCGACUUGUUGUCAUUGGGCAGUCAAGCUAUUCCCACUUAAAGGCAUUCUGCUCGCUGACAGGCUAUCAACAUGAAAUUUAUGUUGAUCCAGAGCGACAAAUUUAUAAGAAACUUGGGAUGACAAGAGGGGAGAUCUAUGAGGGGAAAGUCUCUCAAAGCCCACAUGUGAAAUCCAGCAUGCUUGUUGGCAGUAUAAAGAGUAUGUGGCGUGCCAUGACCAGUCCUGCCUUUGAUUUUCAAGGAGAUCCUCAACAGCAAGGAGGAGCACUCAUCAUUGGCCCAGGCCCCAACAUUCAUGUUGCCCAUUUUGACAUGAAUCGAUUUAACCAUAUGCCCAUCAAUGGUUUGCUUCAACUGGCUGGAAUGCAGGCGGUCGACUUUAACAGACAUGCCAAGAUUAUUGACAUAUGAUAAGGAGUCAUUUCACUUUAGAUUUACACUCCACUUUUAAACAGGGUUUUAAACAGCACCUCUUUGUUGGAAUGUGUUCAAAAAGGAUACAUAACAGCAUAUCUACUGAGAUUAGAUGAGACUUCUUUGAUUAUAAACGGGAUUAAUAAGCUGAUGUAAAACCAUCAGCUUCCAGUUAACCUCUGUAGAUUAAAAGUUAAUCAAAUUCAUUCCUACUUACUCACAUUUAGUGACUGCUUUAUCCUAGUCAGGUUGCAGUGGAUCCAGAGAGGUGGAACUACACCCUGGAUUGGACACCAUUCAAUCACAGAUCCAUCACUAUGAGUUAACUCAACUGACAUUACUGUUACUAACAGCAACUCUGAAUGCAAAAUGAUGCUGAGGAAUACAGAUCUGGAUCAUUUUCCAUGUUUUAUGUAAACUUAUUCAGUACAUAUACAUAUCUGUAUAUAAACCUAAUUAGUCAUUGCGUGUUAUAUGUAGUACAACACCAAGCACUUAUAGACCUCAUGAAAUGAAAGGAUUGGUAUUAAAAUAGCUGAUAUGGGUUGUACAUUAGUGUGGAUGAAAGACCUAAAGAAGCAAACACAUUUUCAUAACCAGCUCGCAUCUGUCCAAACUAUGAAUAAUGCCAUUUAAGCAGGACUUUUUCCUGGUUCUGUGUGUAUAUAUGGUUAUGUAGCACAAGUGCAUUCCUUUGUGUCAGCUUGUUUCUGUCUGACAGCAGCAUGCUAUGGGUCUGAAAGAUUAAAGAUUUUUAUACAAAUUUCAA